AUGAAUCCAACUAUCUUUAAAGCUGUCAAGAAUGGAAAUAAGGAUUCUUGUUCUGGGAUCACUUUCCAAGACAUGAAUCCAUAUGGUGAUGAUCAAGAACUAUUGACAGCCCGAAAAGAUACUAUUCUUCAUGUAGCUGUCAAAUAUGGGAAUAGAGCAACAACUCAACAUAUUCUUAAUCUGUAUCCAUGGCUAGUGCUCGAGAUCAACGAAAGCGGAGACACUCCUCUUCACGUGGCUGCAAGGUUAGGCCACUCCGAGCUUGUGAAGCUCAUUGCUAUCGCUCUUAAUAAUUAUCGUCGAGGAGGAGGAGGAGGAGGAGGAGGAAAUGUUUCAUUAUUUCGGGCUUUGAAUGAGAAGAAAGAUACUGCGUUGCAUGACGCUGUCAAAAAUCGCCACUGCGACGUGGUUGAUUUACUCAUCAUGGAAGAUCCAGGUUUGAUUGAUAUUUGCAAUGAUGCAGGUGAAUCGCCUCUCUUCAUAGCUGUCGAUAAAGGAUUUUACACAAUCGCUCUCUCCAUCUUAGUGUCCAUCUCUAUUUCACCCCCCGAUCCACGAUGCAGAUCGGGGAGGGAUCAGAUGACUGUCAUGCAUGCAGCCGCUUUUCAAGUUAUAUCUUAUCCAUAUUGGGACAUCGACUUUUGGGUCAUCCCGGAAAUGAAAGUUCCCGUCAUCAUUAUACACUUCCUCAUUUUAUUACCAUUGAGGAUGUUAAUCAGCUUAAUACGGAGGUUAUUACGCAGUUUGAAGUUUAAAAUUACACGUAAAAAUAUCAUCACUCCCAAAGAGCUUGCGAGCAAGUUAAUAGAUAAAUUUGAUGGUAAAAUGUUAGAAGAAAAAGACAUAUUUGGAAGGACAGCUCUUCACUAUGCUGCAUAUGUUGGAAAUGCUAAAAUUGUGCAACUCUUUUUAGAGAAAAACACAAGCCUUGCUUACAUUAAGGAGAACAAAGGAGGCAUGUCAGCACUACACAUUUGUGCAAUGGAAGGGCAUAAUGAUGUAAUUACCACACUGAUUAAGUAUUGUCCAGAUGUUUGCGAGUUAUUGGACGAUAACAAUCAAACGGCAUUACACGUGGCCGUCAAAUGCGGAAGGGCAUAUUCGGUAUGGCAUUUUCUUCAUAAGAGGGAAUUUGAUGGUAUUAUGCCUAAUCAGCAAGACAAGGAAGGAAAUACUCCAUUGCAUGUAGCUGCUCUUAGUGGACACCUUGAGAUUCUAGUGAUGCUAGCUAAAGACCCUAGGGUUGAGAAAAAAGUUAUCAAUUGCAUGGGGAUGACUGUUGUAGACAUUAUAAGAUCAAGUACACAUCUACCUAUCAAUGACAAGCAUUCUUUGUUACAUUAUUUAGAAACAUUAGGAGAAAGACAGAGGCUGGAAAAAAUACUAGACAUUCAAAUCACAAAGACAAGCUUAAUACUGCGUAAGUGUCAAACUCCAAAACUACAAUCAUUGAGGAUUAAUGAUGAUGAGAUAAUAAGUGGUGAAGAAGAUGAGGAAAAACAUAAUAAUAACAUUGACAAGAUGAUUUCCAAAUCAUGGGAUAAGAACAUGUUGGAAGUGAACUUAUUAGUGGCCACAAUCAUAGCAAGCAUCACAUUCGCCGCAGUUGUUUCAAUGCCCGGUGGAUACGAUGAUGACAACGAGCAAUAUAAGGGGAUGCCAAACUUGAGAGAAAAAACAAGUUUCAAAUUCUUUUUGUUGUUUGAUUCUGUGGCUUUUGGUUCAGCAGUUGCCUCAAUGAUUAUCCACUUUUUACUUGUAUCAGCUUCAAAGUUUUUUGGGAGAAGUGUACACUAUCCUUUUAAGACCAUAAUGGCAUUAACAUAUCUUUGCAUUGCCUACACAGUAUUGGCAUUUCUUACAGCCAUUGCAUCAGUCCUCGAACUAACCGACGAAAUAACAUCUGUGUCUCGUCCUGCUAUCUGCGCCGCCGGCUUCUCUUUUAUCCUCCCAGUCAUUAUGUACAUCCUUUCUUUCAUUUUUAGAUGUUAUCGCUACAACUACUAUGUUAUGUCCACAAGAAUCUACAUAAAGGCAUCCUUAACAAGAAUCAUCAAUAUGUAA